AUGGAAUCUCAGGAAGAACGCCAACAACUAGAGAUCACUGCGCUCAAGAGUAUCUACGAUGAAGAUUUUAUUGAAUGCCCCCCUCCAAAGGCUUGGAAGGGAGCUCCCAGAUUACCCGAGUUUAUUAUCAAAGUUCGCCAUCCAGAACCUGAUCAUGCAGAUCAGCUCUACUUCCACUUGCAUGUCAAAUUUCCGAAGACAUAUCCGGUCAUUGCCUGUCCGACGUUCACGAUACAACAACCUAUUCGAGGUCUCAAGACCGACCAGACUACGAAACUUACGUCCGCCAUCCACGCAGAAUCACUACGAAACAAGGGGGCCGAGAUGGUGUUCCAGAUCGUCACUUACGCACAAGAUUGGAUAACAAACAAUGUAGCACGACCUGUUGAAGUCGUAGGCUCGCUUGCUACAGAGAUGAACAAGCGCGCAUCUGAAGAGGAACGGGCGAAGAAGCAGCGGGAAGAGGAAGAAGCCGAGCAGGAGGAAGAGCGCGCCGCCCAGCUGGCGCAGGAGUUCGACGAGCAGAUACGGGCGGAUGCAUACCGCCAGCAGCUGGAGCGCGAGCGGGUUCAGAAAGCGCGCAAACGGGCCACGUCCGAUGCAACGGAGAUGCCGUUCUCGGUUGAGGAGACACCGACCGAAUCGUUUCCCCAGCAGAUCCUCUGGCAGGGCCUGCAAUUCAGUGUAGUUAAGCUAUUUCAUUCACGGCAAGAGUGCCUAGGCACGAUGUAUCAGGCGGAUCCAGUAUGCGAAGACGAGCAUGAGACAGUUCCACUUGAACUGCUCUCAAUCACGUUUGUCUCAUCCUACUACUCGACGCCACAGGGCCGCAAGAAGUUGAAGCAGCUAGAGAGUGAAAUCCAGCGGCUCACGAACCUACGCCAUCAGAACCUACUUGCCGUACUCGCAGUCAAGCUGACGACGCCCACUUCGCACGGUUCUCCACGUUUGAUUAUACUAACCGAACAGCGACCGCCUGUGACGCUGCAAGACGUACUAGAGGAUUGCGAUUGGCUGCGGGAGGACCGUGCGAUUGACUACCUAGGCCAAAUUCUGUCCGCUCUUCAUGUUGUCCAUGCUCAGGAUCUAGUUCAUCGAGGGAUAAGCGCGAAGUACAUCGGGCUGGCCGCUCGUGAAGAAGGGGGUCAGUCGAAGAUGGUUAAGCUAUUUAAGGUCGGAUAUCACAUCCGACUGUUGGAUCUACAUCGCUCGAACCCGUUUGGCUUCAACGCCGAUCCGAAGAUAGACGAAGUGCAAAUACCUGACGGCUGGUUACCUGAAGAGGCCCUCGAGUCCCCGCUUGUGUAUACAAGAAGUCGCGACAUUCACGCUGUUGGUAUCGUGCUCAUGCAGAUGCUCAUGGGCCGGGACGUCAUGGAGAGAUUCCCGGAUCCUCAGUCCGCUCUCCGUAAUUCGACCAUCUCGAUACCACUGCAACAACACGCUACGACCAUGCUCGUGCAGAACAAGAAGACAUCGGUAUCAUGCUUCAGUCUCCUUGCAGAUCUGGCUGGUGGUUCGUACGAAGUAACUCACCCGCGCACGCCGGCCAUGGUUAUUGCAGGUGCGAUGCGCACUCCCGGUCCCCUGCGCAUCCCGGCUCCGAUACGUACGCCUGGCUCACUACGCACUCCCAUGAUCCACCCGUUCAACGGCUCGCCUGAGACGGACUACUUCAGAGCGCCGCCUCCCAGGACGAGGCAUACGAGUAGGUGGAAGGAAGAUUGGGAGGAGCUCGAACUGCUGGGGCGAGGUGCCUUCGGCUCCGUCGUGAAAGCUCGUAAUAAGAUCGACUCCAGGGUAUACGCAGUGAAGAAGAUCCGGCUGCGGGCUACACAGAGUGACAACAGAAUAUUCCGCGAAGUGAACGCCUUAAGCCGUCUCAAUCAUCGCUUCAUCGUCCGCUACUACACUACGUGGGUGGAGACAUCCGAACCUACGUCUACAACAGCUUCAUCUGACUCUGACCGGGACACUGAAACUGCCGACGGGAUGACUUCCGUUCCAAAAUCAAAGGGCGACGGAUCGGCUGACCCGUUCAACAUUGAUUUCGACGACCUAGGGUCCGAGAGCAGGCAUUCGUUCCCGAGCAUCCAUUUCACCCAGUCGGGCUCUGUGGACGAAAACGAUAUUGACACUGAAGAUAGUAGCGAUGAGGGGUUUGGUGACCUGUUCCGCAAAGAGCCCCUCUCGAGACCUGAGACCCCGCAGACGCCACCAGCUAUGUCUCGGACGUUAUAUAUUCAAAUGGAAUUUGUUGAACGGCAGACUCUGAAGGAGCGAAUUGCCGAAGGAAUUUCUGAGGAUGAAGCUUGGCGAUUGUUCCAACAGAUUGUGGACGCACUUGUCCAUAUGUCGAGUCUUGGAAUUCUACAUCGUGACAUCAAGCUCACUAACAUCUUCAUCGAUGGCAAAGGCGACUGCAAAGUUGGCGACUUUGGGCUCGCAACUUCUAGUCUUGCAGCGGUUGACCCUUCGGAUGUUACCCAUACUAUCUACAACGAUACAGACAUGACGCUUGAUGUUGGAACAAGACUCUACAUCGCGCCUGAAGUACAAUCAUCAAGAGGUGGUCCUCGAAAUCACAUGAAAGCGGACAUGUAUAGUCUUGGUAUCGUGUUCUUCGAGAUGAACUACAUGUUCUCCACGGGCGCGGAGCGUAUCGCUGUUUUGGAGGAUCUGCGGAAACCCGGUAUCUUCUUUCCGUCUAGCUGGGAGCCGUAUCGAACCAGGCAGCGUCAAAUAAUCACUUGGCUUCUUCAGCACAAUCCUAAUGAUCGUCCUAGUGCGGUUGAGUUAUCGCAAAGCCCCUUGCUUCCACCGCGGCUUGAAGAUGAAUAUCUUACGGGGGCGCUGAGAAAAAUGACGAAGACCGAUUCUCCCCAUCUGCAAGUCGUUCUGUCAGCUCUCUUCAAUCAGCCUGCAAAUCCCGCUCGUGGUUUCUUGUAUGACCUAGAGGCUGAACUGCCGGAACACGCUACCUUGAACGGGAUUGUCGUCGAUCGCUUAGUGGAGAUUUUCCGCUUGCAUGGUGCUGUGGACAUGGAACCGCCACUACUGAUGCCCAUGUUGAACCCAGAGGAGGACCGUAACCGAGCAGUGUUCUUGGAUCGGCAUGGCGAGGUCGUCACUCUACCCAAUAAUGCCCUUCUUCCUUUUGCCCGUCUCGCGGCGCGUGGUAACAUCAGGAGAAUCAAACGGUACCACAUCGGCGAUAUCUACCGACCCAACAUGGUCGCGGGGCAUCCCAGAGUGAUGAAGACGGCGGUAUUUGACAUCAUCACACCAGAUAUGGAGACGGGACCCAGUGCUGCAGCGGCGGAAGCUAUCGCCAUCGUCAGCGAGUGUCUGAACAAGUUCGCAAACCUCGCGCAGAGCUAUGUGAUUCACAUAUCUCAUUCCAAAAUCCUCGAGAUCGCCCUGGAGCGCGUUUCUGCGGAGCUUCGUACCCUGGUGACCGAUGUCUUGAACCAGAUGAAGUCAUCGCAAUCGCAGAAACGUUCCAUGCUACUGCGGAAGGGAGUUCCGAGACAUAUCGUAGAUGAAUUGGAGGUGUUGACUGAAAUUGACGAAGAUCUGGAUUCGCUUGUGGGGAGAAUGGAGAAGGUUUCGCCAUCACUAGUCGCAUUGCUCGACCCGCACGUCCGAGAAAUUAAGACAACAAUCGAAUUCGCCAUUGCAUCUGGGGUCACCCGUCCGAUUCUGUUCAACCCACUCAUGAUGAGCAACCGCAGCUCGUACUUCAGAGAUGGAGUCUGUUUUGAGGUCGCGAAGCGUAACAAGCAAUCAGACAUCCUUGCUGCAGGUGGACGAUACGAUAAUGUCAUCUCGCGCUUUGCGCCCCCGAAACCAAAACCAGAUACAAUCUGCGCUGUGGUGGUCCAGAUUGCUUUGGAGAAGAUCACUCUGGCUUUGGCUACGUUCCAGAGUGCUUCUGUCAAGACUCUGAUGAAGGAGCAGCGCUCGUUCGGGUACUGGAGUCCUCGCCGCUGUGACGUCUACGUUGUGUCUCACCAGGCAGGGUACCUUUCUGACCGCCUAGAGGUGGCAGCGCUCUUAUGGCAGCAUGGCAUCAGCGCGGAUGUGAUGUACGAAUCGAGCUUAUCCGACUCGGAGCAUGAGACACACGUUGACGUGUGCACACGAGAAGGGAUAUUGUUCAUUGUAUUUCCACGAGCAAGGUCAGCCAGACGUGAUCAACCUGCUUUCAAGGUCAAGAGUGUCCUGAAAGGGACCGAGUAUGAAGUCUCGCGGCAAGACCUGGUUCCUUUCCUGCACCAGCAGAUCGCGGAGCAGAAGCGCUUCGAUGCCUCGAUCUCGGGAAUCGGCGCGAUUGCUGACGGCACUCAGAGCCCGAACCUCACCAAGGAAUCUGCCGGGUCCUCCGACGUGCAGCUGGUUCUACCGGGCGACGCCAAGAAACAGCGGAAGCAGACGAAGCAGAUGUUUCUGGAUCGAGCGUUCGACAUGGGAGUGCAGGUCAAGAAUGCGGCGAUCGCCGGCCUCCCGACGCUCGCGGUCGACAUACCACUCACGGUGUUUGAAGAGAUGGCCAAGUCCAACGCCUGGAUAGCGGACGAAGAUGCGUGGAAGGUCAUCGCAACGGCGUUCCCUCCGCAGUUGACGCUAUAUGCACAUCAAAUCCGGGACGCGGUCCUCAAACGUAAGGCGGAUGGUCAUCAGUUUCUCCUGCUGUUCACAGUGAGGGAUGAGAAUGUUCAUCUUCUGACUCUCGCGUAA